ACCGAGUUGAUUUUUAUCCUAUUUCACCAUACUGACAUGCCGCGCCUUCUAGAUUAGCGACUCUGUUUCAGACUCAAGGCGCCACUCCGUCUCACUCGUUAAUCACGACUAAGUCAAACGACGGCACUUGGCAUCCCACAACAAUUUUAGGAAGCUCUGCACCGUUGACGAUUUUUACCAUUCCCCAUGACUGUCAGCAUGUCGUCGAGUCGCCAAAUGCCGGGCAACUUCAAACAGGAGCAUGGAAUACAUCCUGUAAGUAUCAACUCUUAUUGUUCUGUUUGUCUUAUCGAUUUGCAUUUUGUGCAAGAACCUGGAAUAUAUUGCCUCAGCAAAACUAUGGCUAGGUCACUUCAGUGACGACCAUCAAAUGACAUCGACAUCGUUCGCGUCGCGGCUACCGACGCGUCUGGGAGACCCAGCAUCAAGUGAAGGCUGGAGUAGGCUGUCUGUCGUUACAAGUUCCCGGGAAUACCAAGAUUUCGAGAUGCGUCCCGCGCAAUAUGCCUGUCGCAAGCUUGACCAGGUCAGGAGCCCCAAGGUGGGUUGAGCAGGGUAUCUCUUGUUUCACCAUGACCGGGGCGGCCGCAGGGAUCAGGGGAGGGGGUGAACAGCUCCAGCCUUCUUGACCAGAUGCUCAUUUCAAAUCCCAAAGAUGGGAGAGACAGACCAGGCUGAGGCGAAACGUUGCGACGUAUCCUUCUUGACAACCGCGUUGAGGGAAACGGCCAGCGACCUCGCAUGCACUAGCCACACCGUUCUGUUCAAGCCAUCAAGCCAUAUUUUGGACGCAACGGGAGUGCGCAGACACUGUUACAACUGCCCUUCACCAGCAAUCACGAAAGCCAAAAUUUGGGUUUUCGAGGUGCCACAGAAGCGCCACCAAGGCCAAAGUUUGGCUGCUAUCCACUUAACGGUCGCGAGGCUGGCGACACAAGAGUGCAAGUGUCAGUCAACCUGCCGACCAAGAUGUCCACCACACCAAACAAUCCAAAUCUCGUCAAUGACGCGCCGCGGCUGCGCGGAGCAGCACCCGGUGGAUGAUGCCUGGGAAAGAGGCCGAGAAGGACGCUUAACUCAGCUGAGAAACGUCUUAAUUUUCUUUUUGAGAUGACAAUACGCGACCAAGAACACCAGAACAGCGAACGCUUGGCGACCCUGACCGCACUAUUCUAAGUGGGUACAGACUGUAUCGGCGGUGCUCUUCCAGUGGGGCGCUGGGCUGCAGAUACUGGUCUGCCCAUCCUGAUUCAGGGCGUGGCAGAACGAUCAUCAAAUGUCAAAUGUCGACAGAGGGAACAACGGGACGUGACGUGAAGAACUGAACGCACGUCCUCGCCUACAUGCAUCCUUUUCACUGCGUUCAUCAGCAUCACCACUAGGAUACACCAGUGGUGACGUACUGCAUUGACAUCGAGCAAGCGGCCUCUUGCAGGAGCAGGCUGCAAUAUCCACAGCCGCAAGCCUCGAGGGCCCAGUUCAUCUAGAAGGAAACAAGCACCUAUACGCGAGAUUUCGCGCAUCAACGUGCGGUACUCUGCAGGUACCUGGACCCGGACGGAACUCUGUACACCAUUGCUCCCGCAGUCAGUGACCGUUGCGCGUCAGUCGAGUUAAAGCUCCAAAUCUCUAGCCGGGCCAUUUUGGGGGCGGGUCAGCGCGAAUGACCAGGGGAUUUGAGAUGGGACCAUCAAAGUCGACGGUUGAAAAGACGUUACCCACACCGCCUGUGGCCAAAAUAGGAUCACCAGGGAAAAGCCAAUCCCGGUGUAUUCCUGGCCCGUUGGCUAGCCCCGGUUCUCGUGUUCCCUAUUGGGCAGCUGCUCCUUUCUGGGCGCCUUGGUGAGGCGACCAUUGGCCACUUAAUCAAACCCAGCCGACCCCUGUCACGUUUCUUCCAUGCGUUGUCCUCCCCGGAGACAUCUGCUUGGGCUGCCGACACACGCUACGCAACAGUAUCUCGACUUGCAGGUACAGAGGGACAAGUACCUACCGGCAGUACAUCCUCAUCAUCUUACCCGUGUCCUCCAGCCCGUGGUCACCCCUCUGUCCCCUUUUUCUGAAAAUUGGAUGGGUCGAGGUCUGAAUGGGUGCAUAGCUGGAGUGUUCUUUUCCGGUUCUUGAAAUCGGGGUUGAGCUUUCGCAGACACACCACCCCGGUUGCACCACUUGCACUUAUUCCCACUCCUCAUUGUGUGUCGCUGCUGUGGGCUUUGUACUGCGAUACCUAUUACUGCUUAAGCUGGUGAACCCUUCUCAAAGGACAUUCACUAGUUGUCCACCGCUCCGGUCUCUUGACCCCAAAGUAAUUUAUGCUCCUGGGGAAUCCUGCGACAGGGGUGUCGUCGCGGACUGGCACAAUUGCAGCACUUUCAUAUCAUCCCUGUCCAUUUCCAGGCAGACCCCUCCCCUCUUGACAGCAUUUUACUCUAGUUGAACCCUGACCUGGUGGCGCCCGCUCAACUGCCAGACAAGCCUCGUACUCCUGGUUCCUAUCCGCUGGCUCAACAGUUGCAUCUUAAUUGAGCACUUGCCUGGUCUGCCAUCCCAUUAACCAGCUCAUUACCCAUGGUCCAGUCGCCCAUUCUCUAUUAUCCACUUGGGAUCAUACCUUGUUCUCAUCCCCAUACUGCAAUCUUGGUUCAAAUACCCGCUCCCCUGCCCCUUCGUUUCCCCCCCGUCGCCCACCCUCUAGCACACCCUUCGUUCGAUCGAUCUUGUCUUCUGGCGCUCCAAAGGCCUGCUCUCUUUUCCUCGUCCCUGGCACACGAGCUUUAACCUUCGAGACGGAGACAGUUUGAAGGUACCAAUUGCCAAUCUCUCUCCAACCACAUCCAGCCAAGCGGUAUAGCCACCCCCCAGUGCCCUCCAUCCCGUGUUCUUCGCUGUAGCCCUUGAGAACCGGGUUGCUUUAUCAUUAUUACCACUCCGAGCCUAGCCCGCCUCACCCGUGCAAUCCCAGUCCUCACCAGGGGACAUCCACUUAAACCAGCUCCCCAGACCUGGGUACUGGCAAGGGGAAAAUAAAACACCAACGCGUCCUUGACUUUGUACUAUUUUCUUUCUUCGACCCGUGCCUUAUAGCUUCAUUUUUUUUUCACACGUCACGUCCAUGUCUGACUAAUGGGUCUUCUCUCUAUGCAGCAUCAUCCACAGCACCAGCAACAGGGUCAUCCGCCUUCCCAACACUUGCAACACUCGCGACCCCCGAGUGUAGUUCACCAGCAGCAUCACACUCAACCUCACCAACCGCCACAACAGCAGCAUCCAAGCGCGUACUCGUCCACGCAUUCCCUUCCCCAAGGGUACCAAACCAGUGCUCAGGCGCCUAGCAAUCAGGACAACCUCAACUACUACAACCAUCCAAGCCCUUACAGCACACCUGGUGCCACAAGCGGAUACACAUCCGCAGAUACCUCCGAUAUGAUGGCCGCAGCACAAAUGCCGAGACCUCCCUACCCUCCUAUGUCCUACCAUACGCCUCAAUCCAACUCCCCUGCUUCAGUCGCAUCGCCCUCGCAACAUGAUCAACAUAGAAGCAUCUAUGGCCAACCCCCAUCGCAGCAUCUUCAACAAUCUAUGUACUACCAGCCGCAGAAUCAAUAUCAGACUAUGCCUCCUCAAGCUGCCGCCUCGCCCUAUGCGCAACACGCGCCACACCCCCAACAGUCCAUGACAUCGCAGCCCACCAUGAUGAUGUCUCAAACCGCACCCCAGAACCAAAUGACGCAGCAUGCUGCGCAACAUGCGCACGCAGGAAUGACCGGUAGUCCUCGGCCCAAAAUCGAGCCUCAGGUGCCUCUGCAGCUCCAGAAGCCUCAGUCAUCUCCGAUGCAGCAGGCUCACCACCCUCAAAACGGCGGACAACUGCAGAGCCCAGGAAACACCACGCCCGGUGUCAAUCCAAGCGCAGCACCAGGACCUAUCCCCGCCACAACCCCUCUCGUUGUCCGACAAGACGGUAAUGGUGUACAGUGGAUAGCCUUUGAGUACUCUAGGGACAGGGUCAAGAUGGAGUACACCAUCCGCUGUGAUGUUGAGUCCGUCAACAUUGAUGAACUAUCACCAGAAUUCAAGCAGGAAAACUGCGUCUACCCCCGAGCAUGUUGCCCCAAGGACCAAUAUCGCGGCAACCGCCUGAUGUACGAGACCGACUGCAACCGUGUUGGCUGGGCUUUGGCCGAGCUCAACAUUCCCCUCAGAGGCAAGCGAGGACUUAUCCAGCGAGCGGUCGACAGCUGGCGCAAUAGCAACCAAGAUCCCCGACUUCGCAGCAGACGAGUUCGACGCAUGGCAAAGAUGAACCAGCGCAAACAGGUUCAAGCUUCUCCGCAUCCCGGUGCGGCUCACAUGCCCGGCCCCAGCGGGCCUUCAGGGAUGCCUGGAGGUCCAGGACCCAUGGGACCUGGUCCCGCCGCAAUGGGCAAACCUGGUCUCGGCAGCAUGGGUCAACCAAUGCACCACCACCAGCCAGGAGCUCACCCUGACGGUACAGGACAAAGUGGAGGAGAUGAAGUUGGUAUGUUCCACCAGAUGUGAUUGAUUUAAACGACACUCGUGUCGGCGUUUGCACAUGGCUUUUUUAGCCUCCACGCUCCCAUCUGCCUCGCCCCUUCACUACCCCUCAACUCAUCGCACCGCACCGCAUCAUCAAAAGCUCUGCUUGACCAACGUUGUGUUGAUUAAUUGAUACCAAACGCACUUUGUUUUUUUUCCUUACUGUCUUACAAAAUCUGUUCCUCCGCCGCAGCGGCUGUAUCUACGUCUUUACUAUCUCCAUUGUUUCGGUUCGCGGUUCGAAAGUUUGGGAAAUGGGUUUGUCAUCUCCUUUCUUUGUGUUUUCACUGCCUGUCAAAGACGACAUAGGCGGAUGUUACUUAUAUCUAUACAGCAUGCCGCAGUGGCUCUCGAGGGAUUAUGAGGAACUCUUUAUUUGUUUAUUGGCACAGUUCUGUACAUUACCAUAAAGUCGCGCCUGCACAGUUGCUGCUGCUACUGUUAGUUGUUUGAUUUGCUGCUGGGUUUUCGCGACUCUUAGACGAGUUCAAUCUGCCAAUUGGCUUUAAAAGUUACCGUUUGUCUUUGGUUGCCUCACUUAGAUCAACCUUGCAAGCCUUAUCCCUUCGUUCUGCUUUAAUCCCUGAAGCUAGAUACUCUGAGUUUGGUCAUGUUUUGCAUUUGCUGUCGCUACUGCUCAUCCUAUCCACGCCUUGUCAUCAUAAGCACUCACGAACUGAAUUUGUAUUUGGAGACAAGCUAACAAGAGAUGUUCAUAGGCGAUGGCAAUUCCUACGAACACCAUCACCACCAAGCCCCUACCACCCAGAACCCAUCAAGUAAUGACGAUGUGAGACCAGCCCAUGUCUUUACUGGGUACAAUAAUCAGCCUUAUCCCACUAGUGCGCCAAUGUCUCACAUGGCUCCUCACUCUGGGGGCGCUGUCCCAGCCAAGCGCCACAGCAAAGCCAACGCUGAUGAGCCUGACGAUCUAUUCCCGGAUAUCCCUGAAGCUAAGAAGCGAAAGUUUAUCCUUGUCGAGGACAACGUUCGCGGAUCUCGUCUCCGGGUCCGGGUCACCCUCGAGGGCGUCGAUACUAAUGAGAUUCCCGACAGCUUCCGCAAGGGUGCCAGUGUCUUCCCCCGCAGCUACUUUCCCCGGGAAAUGCAAAGUCCUCCCCCCAGUGCCACCGGCUCGCGUUUCUUUGGUGAAGAUCAUGAUGACGAUGGUACCGAAGAGACCGAAGGCCGUGAGUCUAGCCGCCGCGGUGUUAAUAGGACUGGCAAGGAGAUGGUCAAGGUUCCCAUGGGCGAAUCCUCAGGCGAGAUUGCCAUUCCCCGAAUGAGGAAGUCGACCCGGGGCAGGGAAGUCCGUCUCAAUGAUCUUGGCUACCGCAUGGCCUGGCUACAGAGCCGAGUCUUUGCGGGUCGGACCGUGUUCUUGCAGCGAGCAUGUAAGUUGUCACAAUCACUCUUUGGUAAAUUGAUUAUUAACAACUUGUAGUGGACUGCUACCGUAACAAGACGCGCGCUGCUAUUGAGAGUGUCAUGCAAGACGUCAAAACUGUUGCCCCUCAUUACGAAACUCGCGCUGGCAAGAGGCGAUGGAAUGAACGCAUGCGACGUGGUGCGAAGGAAGACGACGAAUAAAACCUAUCCCUUUACUCUUUGGCCUUGUUUUUUUUUUGAUCAAACCCCAAGCUAAAACACUGUCCUUUUUGUUUUAAACAUCCCCAGCUGCAUCAUCGAUAUUAGAGAUUGGUUCUCUCAUUGUUCGUCUCAUAUUCAACGAUACCAUUCUGCGAUGGCAUCCAAUGGAGGUGUCUUCUCUCUUGUUUACUACACCAUUUUCUUCUCUUGACUUGUCGCGGUUGCCUUACCACUUUCUCUCGCAUCAAUAUUGUUUUAUCAAAGCUUACUGUUAGCUUUUCUCGCAAGCUUUGUUUUGUCGAAGGUGCUGGAGCUUAAAGCCUUUUUUGUCAUCUAGUGGCUCCUGUAUAUUAAUGCUACAAAGCAAGAUACAAAGAUUCCACAGGAAUGGGAGCUACACAUACAACAAGCUGCCGUUGUGAACAUUAGGAAUACCACAUAUGCUUGUUUGAUCAUAGCAGCAGUUGGUUCAGCCGGAGAAUGGAUUAAUUACAUAUGGAAAUGGAAGAAGAAAGAAGGGAUGAUUUAGUGCUUUGGUAUCGACCAAAGCCACCUUUAUCACAAUACUGUGUAUUUAUCGUUGGGAAGAAAAAAUUAUAUUGUCUUUGGCCAGUAAUGCUUUGAUACUUUUGUGAUAUAAUAAUACAGCGUCUCGUAACGUCGUGUCAAG